AUGGCUUCAAGUGGAUACUCUGCUCCACCUCCUCCUGUAUUUUUUAGAGAAGGUUACUCCAUUUGGGCUGUGAAGAUGAAAGCUUAUCUCAAAGCCUUUGACUUGUGGGAAGUCAUUGAAACUGGAAGAAUUAUGACUUGUGAAACUGCAAAGCAAGCAUGGGAUAGACUUAAAGAGGAGUUUCAUGGAAGUGAAAGCUUAAAGCAAAUGAGUGCUCUCAACUUUAGAAGGGAGUUUAAUUUUCUCAAAAUGAGGGAAUCUAAAACACUUAAGGAGUACACAGAUAGAUUAAUGUUUGUGGUCAACAAAAUCAGAAUGUUGGGUGAAGAUUUACCAGAUAAAAGGGUUGUGGAGAAGGUUCUUGUAAGUCUACCUGACAGAUUUGAGCCUAAAAUCUCAUCCUUGGAAGAUUCUUAA